CCAACUCUCUCAAUGCCAACAAAAAAAAUAGCAGAAUCGGCGGUUGUAGGCGGUGGCGUUGGCGGUGGGAGAGAAGUCGCCUUCAUUUUUGCUUCAACAUUUAACAUCUCUGCAACCCCACAAAAAUACAUAUACAUAUAUGUAUUUAUUUAUUUAUCGUUUCAAUUAUUUGAUUCCCAAUUACCCAUUUUGUCCUAUUUAACAUCCUAAACUCAUUUCUUUGCAUAUCAAAUUAUCAACUUAUAUACAUAUAUAUAUAUAUACCCGUCUUCUGUUUCUAUAUAUUCAUAAAUCCAGAUAACAUAAUACCUUCAUCUUCGCUUUCUUGGUGGAUUUCUAAGACAUUUUUGCAGCAAUUGUAGUGUUCUUGUUCAUUCAUACAGAGCGUGUGUAUGCCUGAAUUCAUCAUGGAAGGACAAAGUGAAGAUAGCAAUGGAAAAGAGACCAAUGGACACUGUGUCCCUUACAAGGAAAAUUUCAGUGUGAGGUCUCCAAGAAGUACAUUGAGUACACGCAGUCCUGAAAGUGACUCCAUUGACCUAGCUAUAGAUGGGGCUGUUGACACCUCUAUCGAGCAGCUAUAUCACAAUGUCUGUGAUAUGCAGAGCUCUGAUCAUUCCCCAUCAAGGAAUAGCUUUCUGUCAUAUGGUGAGGAGUCAAGGAUUGAUUCUGAAUUGCGCUAUCUUGCUGGAGGAAAUUAUGGGGAAUUUGAGAUAAUGAAAGACUCAGGGAUUGAGAGCAAAGAUGGUGCUACUAAGAAAGAAAAUGGAUCAAAAGAGAAAAACUCUCAAUUUCCAAAUUCCAAGUCUCUUUCUUCUACACAUUCAAAGAGGCUCUCUCACUUGAAAUCAGAAUCCGAGGCAUCCUCAAAAUUGAAUACAAGAAGCAAAUCCUUGAAUGAAAGACCUCCUACUGGUAAGCGGAAUGGGAAAAGUUCAAGAAAAAUAAAUGCAAUUUUUUCCAUGAAGAAUGAAAGGAAUUUUAGUUUAGGAGGGGAAAAGUUGCAGAAUGUGACUGAGGAUCCUAUGGAGGAAGGUUACCUUGGACCCUAUUUACUUAAGAAGGCAAGGAACCUGGUUUCAUCAGGGGAUAAUCCUCAGAAGGCUCUCGAGUUGGCUCUUCGUUCAAUGAAAUCAUUUGAGAGAUGUGGAAAUGGGAAGCCCAAUUUAGAGCUAGUCAUGUGUUUGCAUGUUAUAGCAGCACUCUACUGUAGCUUAGGCCAACACAGUGAUGCAAUUCCAAUUCUUGAGCACUCGAUAGAAAUUCCAGUGAUGGAUGAAGGCCAAAAUCAUGCACUAGCUAAGUUUGCUGGGUGUAUGCAGUUAGGUGAUACAUAUGCAAUGCUCGGCCAGAUUGAGAAUUCAUUAUUGUGUUACACCGCAGGACUAGAGAUCCAAAGACAAGUUCUCGGAGAAAAGGACAGCCGAUUAGGUGAGACUUGCAGAUAUGUGGCUGAGGCUCAUAUUCAGGCAUUGCAAUUUGACGAGGCUGAAAAGCUUUGUCAGAUGGCACUUGAAAUUCAUAGAGAGAAUAGUUCACCUGCUUCACCUGAAGAAGCUGCAGAUAGGAGACUUAUGGGACUUAUCUGUGACUCCAAGGGAGACUAUGAAUCUGCUCUUGAGCAUUAUGUUUUAGCAAGCAUGGCCAUGGCUAUGAAUGGUCAGGAAAUAGAUGUGGCUUCCAUUGAUUGCAGCAUUGGUGAUGCAUAUUUAUCUUUGGCUCGGUAUGAUGAGGCUGUUUUUGCUUAUCAGAAAGCACUCACUGCCUUCAAGUCAACCAAAGGAGAAAAUCAUCCAUCCGUUGCUUCAGUCUUCGUACGUUUGGCUGAUUUGUACAACAAGACUGGAAAAUAUAGGGAAUCCAAAUCUUACUGUGAAAACGCACUUCGUAUUUAUGCAAAGCCCAUUCCAGGGAGUCCCCCAGAAGAGAUUGCCAGUGGUCUAAUUGACAUUUCUGCUAUCUAUGAAUCUAUGGAUGAACAGGAGCAAGCACUCGAGUUACUUCAGAAGGCUUUAAAGAUGUAUGGCAAUGCCCCAGGCCAGCAAAGCACAAUUGCCGGAAUUGAAGCUCAAAUGGGGGUCUUGUAUUAUAUGAUGGGGAGUUAUGCUGAUUCUUACAACUCCUUCAAAAAUGCCAUUUCAAAGUUUCGGGUAAUUGGAGAGAAGAAAUCUGCACUCUUUGCAAUUGCUCUAAACCAAAUGGGACUUGCUUGUGUGCAGCUUUACGCCAUCAACGAGGCUGCUGAUCUGUUUGAAGAAGCAAGGAGUAUUUUGGAAGCUGAACAUGGACCGUAUCACCCUGAUACACUAGGGGUUUAUAGCAAUCUUGCAGGCACUUAUGAUGCAAUGGGCAGAUCAGCUGAUGCAAUUGAAAUACUGGAAUAUGUUGUCGGGAUGAGAGAGAAUACGCUUGGAACAGCAAACCCUGAUGUUGAUGAUGAGAAGCGGAGAUUGGGCGAGUUAUUAAAAGAAGCAGGCAGGGUUCGAAACAGGGAAUCCAGAUCUCUGGAGACCCUCCUUGACACCAACAACUCUCAUACCAUUGUAAAAGAUGGCAUUGAGGUACUAUGAUGCCUGUGAUGUAUUAUUUUUACUUGAAUGUACAUGUCUCAGAGAAUAUAUUAGAUGGUCACUUUGAGAAUUGGAAAAAUAAAAGUUUCAACAGCAAGGCGAGAAUUUUGGUUCCAACUGUCAAUUUUAUUUUCUUCGGGAUCAAGGGAAGAGAUUAAAUGUCGCUGUCUUUAAUUGUUUAAGCAGUUGAUGGAAUUCCUUGUCAAUUUGCUGUUUGUAAUAUCUUCUAGCUUAAUAAAGAAAUGGUGAGAUUUCAUUUUCCCUUGAUGUAAUUCCUUUUCUCAACUUGCCUGUUGAAUACUAUUUUGUGUUAUAAAGAAAUGGUGGGUUUUCAUUUUCCUUUGCUGUUGCACCAAA